AAUAUACGUAUUACUAUUUAUAUCUGCAUGGCCGAGAUAAACAACUGCUACUGUAUAUAAACACAAACUGCCCACACGUGGCGCAGUGAUUGUACAGCUAUAUAAUAGAAUUAUGGCUGGUCCAAACAGUGGUAGUCCUGUUAUAUCAGCUGCGGCCUCUAGCUCAGAAAGUCAGAAUGGUUUUCAUCACAGCAAUGCGUGUGUGAACACGCUAACCAUACGAAUAAAGCAAUGGCGGUUGAAUGAAUUACUCUGUGGUUAUGGCGCCAACUGGGAAAAUGCGAUAGAUGGAUAGAGUAGCGUACCAGAAGAAAGUGUCAGACUAUUUCUCUGCAGCUUGCGUUCAGAUGGUGAUACAACUGGCGAAGGAUGUGGGGAUUCUUGACAUCUUGUUCUCUGCAGAACAAAUACUGACCUCCGUGGAAAUAGCAGAUCAAGGGAAGCUUAAAGAAAGAUAUGUGAGAGAGAUUCUUGCAGCCUUAGCCGCGUCAGAGGUAAUACAGGUGGAUGACAGUUCGACAAAGUUCCACAUUCCUGAAGACCACAAGAGCGUUCUUCGCGCAAUGUCUGCUUACAGCAAACUAGAGCAACUGAUGGUUGAAAGGAUGAAACGAAUGAAGGAUGUCCUCACCAAAGAUGGUCCAGACGGAAUACGAAUUGAUGCUGCUGCCUUUGAAGCGAUAGAAGAGAGAAGGACGGCGUCACAAGAUACUAUCAUUGACAAUGACAUCCUACCCUGUGUACCGGACGUUAAGAAUUUGCUAGAAAAGGGAAUACAUGUUGCCGAGUUCGGGUGUGCUCAGGGCAUCAUACUUCUGAACCUUGCAGCACGAUAUCCCAAGUCGACGUUCCUUGGCAGCGACAUCUCAGAGUCCUGUCUCGAGAGAGGUCGAACAUUAGCCGCAGACAGAGGACUCACAAACAUCACGUUCCAGGUCUACAACGUACUCGACCUACCCGACACCGUUAGCGACAAGUUCGACUGGAUUUUCCUACGAGACACCCUACAUGACUUGCCGAGCCCAAGCAAGGCACUGCGAUCUGUUAAGAAAGCUUUGAAGAAAGAUGGAACCGCGAGUUUCGUUGAUUUCGGAAUGCAAGGCACGCUAGCAGACCAUGUAGGGGAUAUCUUUUGGGGUCGGAUGUAUUCGGUCAGCACAUUCUUCUGUAUCCCCGAGAGUUUCCAAGGUGAACAUUCCGAUGCAUAUGGUCCCUGUUGGAGUGUGGAAACGGUUCGACAACUGAUGGAUGAAGCUGGAUUGACUUUAGUUAACAUGGUGUUCAGCGAGAAGCAUAACGGUGCCGUGCACUAUGUGUGUAAACAGUGACGUCAUGCGUCAGUGAAGUUUUAAUUUACUCACAUAUACGAGGCGAAUCGGUGUAGCAUGUUUGAAUGCUACCGGUGUAUACUUUGUGAUUUCUACUUUAUAUAUCAUGGGUCGGUGUUUAUGCUGGUGGACUGCACCACAAGCCCUGUUGAAAUCCAGUAAUUGCUCAGAAUUAAGUAUUACUGUGCCUUCAAACCAAGUGUUCCAGAGCCUUGAUCUUAACAGAUUAAUUGGGCAUUCAUUGUUGUGGAUGUCCAGAUGGUUGUGAUUUUAACAUUACGUUUUGUCAAAUACCACAUGAAUUGGUGCUAUAGAUUCGCAUCCCGUUAAUAUACACUUUGUGUUUUUAAAAUACAUGAUAAUUAUGUUGAAGAAUGUCUGCUUUAAUAUGUAUAACACUGUUGUUGGAUGAUAUAUUAAUAAACGGAAUAAACGUUUUUCUUUUA